CGAACGGAAGCAGUCAUCAAUCAUCAGAAUGACCACUUUUCCUCAAUGUACAUAAAUACAGGAUAGGGUUUUCGAUUGCCACUUCACACCUCCUUCUUGUUGAAACCGUCAAGUAUUCCAGUCAUCAUGAUGAAUCUUAUCACCAUCGCUUUUUUUGCCAGCCUAAUGGUUGCUACUUUGGGUAAGCCAGCCUAUGGUGGUAUCGGCGGCAUUGGACAUGGUAUUGGAGGCCUAGGAGGUCUUGGAGGCGGUCUGCAUGGAGGCGGUCUGCAUGGAGGCCUAGGAGGAAUUGGAGGUUAUGGCGGCUACGGAGGCUUUGGAGGUCUGCAUGGAGGCCUAGGAGGAAUUGGAGGUUAUGGCGGCUACGGAGGCUUGGGAGGUCUUGGGGGUUUGGGUGGAUAUGGUGGCCUAGGAGGUCUUGGAGGCCUUGGGGGUCUAGGGGGUUAUGGCGGCUACGGAGGACUAGGAGGCGGCCUGUAUGGAGGCCUUGGAGGUCACGGCGGCUAUGGAGGUCUUGGGGGUUAUGGAGGCUUUGGAGGUCUGCAUGGAGGUCUUGGAGGCUUCGGCCGUGGAUAUUAAUCGGGGAGAAGCGGUUUUAUCUUGAGAAAUCCGACCAACAUUUUAUAGAAAAUGUUAUUAUACAGAAUUAAAAUUUGCAAACUGUU